AUGAAUCGCGAGGAGGUGAAGGAUAGAAGCGUCCUUUCCAUUAAGGACUUGCAAAAAGCAGCUAGACGGAACCUGCCAAAGAGCUAUGCAGAAUUUCACGAUGAAGGGGCCAUGGACUUAGUAACGCUGCAGGAGAACGAAGCAGCGUACAAUCGGUAUAAGAUCAGACCACGCACUCUAGUGAACGUCGAAAAUAUUGAUAUGUCCUCGCAAUUCCUUGGAUCCAAGGUCGCCUUACCAAUUACGUUUGGGCCGACAGGCAUGCAAAGAUUAGCUCACCGCGAUGGUGAGCUGGCAACCUCUCGAGCGGCUGCUAGAAAGAACCUUGCCAUGGUCUUAGCAAUGCACUCCACUGUGUCUUUGGAGGAGGUCGCAAUGCAAGGCAAUGGAAAUCCUUAUGCAGUACACCUGCUAAUGCUCAAGGACCGAGCACUGAUGAAGGACAUUCUAACAAAGGCUGAAGAAGCUGGUUAUAAAGCAGUGUUCCUGUCCGUAGACUGCCCAACGUUAGGAAAAAGGAUCAAUGAGCACCGCAAUAACUUCAUCAUCCCCGAAAAUCUGUGCUGGCCAAACUUACUGUCCAGGGGCAGGGAGGAAUUCUUUGGGAGCAAUAGUGCCAUGCAAUUUGACGCCAGUAUCGAAUGGCACACUAUAAUACCGUGGCUUCGGCAAACCACAUCCAUGCAAGUGUGGAUCAAAGGAGUCUCAACUGUGGAAGAUGUUGAGCUUGCCAUUCAACAUGGAGUUGAUGGGGUUGUUAUUUCCAACCAUGGAGGUCGCCAGCUAGACGGAAUACCCGCCACAUUGGAUGCACUCCGGGAAUGUGCGCCUGUGGCGAAAGGGAGAAUAAAAAUAGCCGUCGAUGGCGGAAUCCGACGAGGCUCAGACAUCUUCAAAGCCCUUGCUAUGGGUGCGGAGCAUUGCUUUUUAGGGAGGAUUCCUAUAUGGGGCCUGGCGUACAACGGCCAAAGUGGUGUGGAGCUAGCGGUGGAUAUACUGCAACAUGAGCUGAGGAUAACUAUGGCACUAGCCGGGUGUCGAUCGAUAAGCGACAUUAACCGCAAUCACCUUUCCAUACUGCGGUCAGACGGCAUUCUAGCGAAGCUAUAG